GAAGAGAACAACACUGUGCUCCUCUCGCACGACCUUGAGCCAGAAACAAUGAGAGAUGCCACCUAGAAAGGCGCUUUCGACCAGAGCCAAGGCCAAGGGAAAGCCUGGGCUGUCUUUGGCGGUUGAGUCGCCUCCUUCGCAAAAGACAAGGCCGCUCUCUUUCUUUGCUGGGUAUCAGCCCGGUGUAGUGCAAACACCGGCAUCAUCACCAAAAGCACCGCUUCCAGCACCGAAUAGCCCAACCAAAGGCAAGGGCAAGGCCACAGACACACCGCAUCUGCUAUGGUCUGACCUCUUUGCACCCAAGAAAAGGGAUGAGGUAGCGGUGCACAAGAAAAAGGUCGAGCAAGUCGAGGGUUGGCUACGAGAGGCUUUUCAUGGGAGAUCUUCCCUGCGCAAGUACAGGCGGCUCCUGCUUCUCAGUGGGCCGGCGGGUGCGGGAAAGUCUGCGGUCCUGAGAGCCCUUUCGCAGCAAGGGGAGCUCGACUUCAAUGUCGUCGAAUGGGUCAACGAGAUGACCAGCCGUGGAGGAGCAUCUUACGGCGAGGUACAAAUUGACGUAAGGCCGGCGAUCGCCCAAGGAUUUGAUAACUUCCUCCACAGUGCUGGACGCUAUACGUCCCUCUCCAUUGGCACAGAAGCGUCCUCUUCGUCUGCUACCCAGGACGAGCAUGCCGCCAUGGACAGUAACGAGGGGUCAGGACGACGCAUAGUCCUCGUAGAAGACCUGCCGAACGUACAACACCCUGCCACAAGGGCCGCGUUUCACGAUUCGAUUAGAGCCUUUGUUGCUUCGAAGAGCGAGGUUCCGCUUGUCAUCAUCGUGAGCGAGACGAUGCCUCGGCUGGACGAGUACGGAGCUGGAGGGAGCAGUAGCUCAAGAGACUGGCGGGAUCGUCAAGAUGAGACAUUGGACGUGCGAGGGCUCAUUCCCGAAGAGAUACGGAACGGCCCUUAUUGCACCCAAAUCAGCUUCAACCCUAUCGCUCCUACAAUAUUGUGCAGAGCGCUCAAACUCGCCCUCGACCAGGCUAGGAAACAUCAGUCCGGAGCGAGCCUUCCUGCCUCGAGCUCGGUCAUGGGGAAAGAGGUGGUAGCAGCCAUUGCAGAGACUGCAAAUGGCGACGUACGCAGCGCGCUCAACGCAUUGCAAUUUGCCUGUGUACAAGAUCGCCUCCUACGCCGUUUUGCUGCCGAAGGCAGAGGCAUCAAAAGAACUUCUCAGGGAAAGAGGAAGAAUCAGGAGAGCGACUUGCGCAAGACGCUCAGCGCAAUCACAGGCAGAGAGAGCUCCAUGGCCCUCUUUCAUGCACUGGGCAAGGUUCUUUACAACAAACGCUAUGGAGAUCCAACAGACGACAGCGACGGCGAGGACGAAGAGGCGUCUGGUCUCAGUACAGGUAGUAGCGAGGCUUCCUUGCCUGCAUUCUCAUCGCUCCCGCCUCAUCUCUCACAUCUUUCACGGCGCCGAAGCAAAGUGGACGUCGAGAGCCUCUGGCGCAGUCUUCCCUUGGAUCCUUCAACAUUCAUUUCCUAUUUGCAUCAGAAUUACCCGCCUUUUACGUCGACGAUCGAUCAAUGCGCCGAAGUUGCCGACCAUCUGAGUUUUGCGGAUGCGGAACUGAGACCUGUCCAAGGUGGCGAUCCAUGGAGCAGUGCGAGCACAACGGACUACUAUGGCUUUCUCGUUGGCACGAAAGGAACUCUUCUGAGCCUGCCUAGCCCUGUGCCACAGAGGAGCGGCCUUCUCUCUCCGACAAAGACAGGGUCGCAACGAUCCUCCUCCGUUACGGGAUCUUCUCAAGCAAACAGAAGGGGCCUCCAUAAGUUCUCGGGCAUCAAGAUGUUCCAUACCAUGAAAAGGAGAAGGGAGCUAGAGGACAUGGUUCGCGAGUCUCAAGAUCGAGGCGAAGACAGACGUUUGGGGGCGACGAUUAAUGAGCUCGUCACUUUGACCUACCCGAUGAUGGCAAAGAUCAGAAAGGGUGCAUAUGGAGCAAAUGACGUGGCGAUGCGGGUAGGAAGGCUCGAUUGGGAGGAAGGCACGAGGGAACGAGCCGGGAUUGAUGACGAGGACGAAGCCUUGGAAGAAGCGGCCCUCGACGGAGGACAGCAAGCAGAUAAGGAACCUUCGUCGUCGAUCGUGUACGACUCCGAAGGACGGCGGCUCAUCGAAGAGGUGAGCAAAGACGCGAUUGGAGACGAGGACAAUUUUGGCGACGAGUAUCGAGGGUCACGAGAAGCGGGCUCCGAGGAGGACGAGGAUGAGGAGAUUGAGGAUGCAGAUGGUUAAUCCGGCCACUUCGUCUCAACAAAUAUAGGCCUUGUCUUGCAGUGAGCUAUCUUCAAGGAUGAUCGAAGAUUAUGUCGACUGAGGAGCACAGUGAGAUGUAGUAAAUGUCCCGCCAAUGAUACGCAAUGAGUCGUCGCAAUGAGUCUUUCUUAU